AUGACUGAAGGAUAAUCUGACACGUUUUGGAAAUCACUUUAUAUCUAUUUUAAUGAAAUGGAUUUUGAAUCUCAAUUGUACGUGAAAAAGAUAUAUAAAAUCAUCAUCCUAACAGUGGCUAUAAUUUCAUUUAUUAUUGCAUUCUUCCUAGAGAGAUUUUCUGUAUGUGUAUACUCUACAAUCGGAGCAAGCGUUCUUUGUAUAUUAGUGUUAGCACCUGCUUGGCCUAUGUGGAAGAAAAAUUAACCUAAUUGGUAACAAGCAAAUUGGUAAAAACAAAAAUGAAUUUUAUAAUAUAUUAUAUAAUAGUAUUGAGUUUUA